CGGCCCAGCUGGGUUGAGCCCGUGGACGCGUCGACGGGGAGGGGGUUGUCCCCGGACGCCUGGGCCGGCUCGUCGCCGUGUCGAUUUAUCUGCUCUCUCCGAACGUCCUCCCACGGCUACAACGGGCUCUUUAAGUCGCCUUUUGUCCACCUCAACGGAAGGCUGGCGAGUUUUUCGACGGAUUUGGGUUGAACGCGGAUACCCACACCCCCUCUCCCCCCUCUUGUUGGUCGUGUCUAACGUCCACACGUCCAGCUGAUCGCAUCGAGUGCCUUUCAAUUCUUGCUCUUCCAACAGAGCCCCGUAUUUCGCUUUUUCACACUUCCCUCCGGGAUCGUUCAACGGGGUGAGGGCAUUCUGUGCCCGUCCGCGGCGCUAUUCCCCCCCUUUCUAUUUUCGUUUUCGGGUAAGCUCCGGCGAGUGAGCAGGCCGCAGACCAAUCCCCGUCCUCGCCUAGCCUCCUGCGGCCGGCCGCUAUGGGCGACACCAGCGAGAGAAGCAAGCCACCCGGCCUCCCUCCCCGGUGUCCAUGCGGCUUUUGGGGGUCCAGUAAGACCAUGAAUCUGUGUUCCAAGUGUUUUGCCGACAUCCAGAAGAAGCAGCCGGGCGAGGACAGCCGCUCGGCCGUCUUCGCGAGCGGCGGCGGCGGCGAGACCCCCACAGCCGCCGUCGCCAACAGCGCCGCCAACAAGAGUCCAUCGAUAUCGUCGUCGCUCUCGCCGUCUCUGUCCACGCCCACCGCUGCGGAUCCGCCGGCCGCCGAAGAAGCCUCGCCUUUGUUCGCCGCCUCCAGGGAGGGUGCGUCGACGGCGACGGCGCAGGGUACGCUGCGCACGCCGGCAAAACGUCCUCGAGAAUCGGCCUCGCCCUCGGAAAGCGAGGCCACGCCGGAGAAGCGGCCGCGGCCGGAAGCCGAGGAAGAAGAUGGCGGCGGCGAAGGCGGCGAGGAUGAGGCGGCCGACACGCCCAAACAGAAGAACCGCCGGCGCUGCUACAGCUGCCAAAGCAAACUGGAGCUGGUGCAGCAGGAACUGGGCUCGUGUCGCUGUGGCUACGUCUUCUGCAUGAUGCACCGGCUGCCCGAGCAGCACGACUGCCUCUUUGACCACCUGGGCCGCGGGCGGCAGGAGGCCAUCCUCAAGAUGGUCAAGCUGGAACGCAAGGUGGGCCGCUCCUGCCAGCGCAUCGGCGAGGAGUGCUCCUGAUGGGCCGCUGAGGCCAGAAGGAAAAAAAAAGACGAGGAGGCGGCGCCACUUUGGACCCGGAUGCCGUUCACUCUUGUGCAGCCUUAACAGCCCCUACCCAAACCCCACCCACCACAGGAACUUUAGCCGUCUUCUCUCUCAGGUCAAACCCGCCUUCCUUCCUUCCUUCCUUCCUUCCUUCCUUCCUUCCUCCUCCUCUUCUUCACUUGUUUGGCGAGCGGCAUCAUGUUCCCCACCAUUUUCUGAGCUGGACUUGUACUCGCACGGACUCCAGGAGAACACCAGCCCAUCGGCGGCGCACGUGCGAGAGCCUCCUCUUCCUCUCUCGGCGCACGAUGCUCGGUACGUGGUUCCCCCUCGUACGCAGCGGGGGGGUUAGUAUGACUGAAUUUUUUUUUCCUCACCCACAAUGGCGGCUGAGCACCCCAAGUCAUCACUUGACCUACCAAGGCCUUUGUUAAUUUAUUAGAUUUUUUUUCUGAGGUUGUGUUUUGUGGCUACAAUUAAUCGACGGGGCGUGCUUUGUACUUUUUGGGAUUGCGGGGGUGUUUUGCUUGUUUCGGAGCGUGCAUUGAAUCUUUUCUUCCUGAAAUUGACGCUCGCGACCCGGGCUAACGUUAGCAUGUCAAGGCGUCAAGGUCGCCCCCCGGUCGUUUGUCAUGCCGAGCUGGCGUGAUUGGGCCUACGGGAAAAAAAAAAAAAUUGUUGGCGUCUGUCAAUCUCGUGGAUGGCGUCGACAUUCGCGAGAGAUCAGACGAAAUGCGUCAAUCUUUUGAAAAGCGACCCGGAUCGUUGAACGGACGACGGCGACGCGGACGAACGGACACGUUUCACGUAGCAAAUCCAAACCUGACCACUCGAGAGACUUUGUGGCGUCGUCGCUCUUAAUCGGCGACGGGACCGUAUUGCGUUUGCACAAGGACGCGUCUCCGUCAGCGUUGACAAGAAAGACGAGCACCUCGCCAGAUGGUGCCGCUCGGCGUCCUCCCGAAGCUCUUCCUCCCAUGCGGAGAAAGGAGAAGAAAGAAAACGUAUGCAGAUCUUUGUCGUGGCAUCUUUUUUGUUUUGUUAUUGUUUUGGAGUGCUGAGAAGUGGAAGACGCAAAUAUCUUUCUGUACCUUUUUAAAGCAAAGAAUUAUUUAACCUUAUAUCAGUUUGAGUUACUUACACCCUAGCAUAGCGUGGCGCAUAUUCUGUCCUUAAUUUUAUUGUGUUGCGUUUUCUGAUGAGGAAAUAAACUGGAAUAGACUA